GUGCACAUCAUUAGAUUAUUUAACAAAGAUAUGAUCAAAAUUCUUUAUUUCAUCUGAAUUAUUCUAUUAUCUAUCUAUCUAUCUAUCUGUGUAGUUAUCCUGUUAUCCGUAGGCACUAGAAUAACUAAUCAGGCAUUUGUACACACACACGCACUACUGCACAUUCGCACAAACACAUACAAGCACACAUAAUGAAUCCUAUUUGUUUAUUUGUGUGAAUGACCUCAAAUCGACUGAUUAGGCAUUCACAACAUAACUAACGACAACACUAACACUAACACCAACAACGACAACAACACCGACAACGACAAUAACAACACCUGAAAAAUAUGCAAAUAUAUAUAUUUAUGUAUAUACUUUUUUGUCAUUGAGUAAAAAUUUUAAGAGGGUGUAUAUAAAUCAUCUCCAUUGUUUGUGGUAGGCUCUAUAUUGUAUAUAUAUAAAUAGAGAGAGAGACUGAUUCAUAGAAGUCAAGCAUUGACAAUUGUGAAUAGAAUCGACAAUGCUGGAAGAAUUUAUCAAAGCUUAUCUCAGUGUAUGCUCUGAAGGUGAUAAUGUCGCUGAUCGAGAAGAGUUGAGUGAUUAUUGUAGGAAGAAAAAUCUUGAUAUGAAACUUGUUGAGCAAUGGAUUGAAAAAUUCGACGUUGACAAAGAUGAUCAAAUUUCAAUGGAAGAAUUUUGUCGGGCAUUGGGUUUAAGUCAGAAAGAAAUGCAAAUCGAAAAAGUUCAUCGUAAUGAAAGUAAUGCUGCUAAAGUACCAAAUGUUUCAUCUGAUUUUGAAAUUAUUCUCUCUAAAUUAUCAAAACAAGCUGAAUAUGAUAUCACUGAACGUGUUCGUGAACUAUUCGGUAAUUCAACAGAGAAUAAAGAUGCUGAAAUUAAAGAUAUAUCAAAUAAGCUGAAACAAUACUUAGAUGAUACAUAUGAUCGUGUCUGGCAAGUGGUUAUCUUACGUGGUUCAUAUUGGAUGAAUUUUUCACAUGAACCUUUUAAAUCAAUUCAAUUUAAAUAUGGUCCAUAUAUUGUCUUACUUUGGCGUACACCAAAAGGUUAAUUAGGAUGAUAACAAAAAUACAAAAAGAAAUUAGCAGAAUAAUAAGAAAAAAAAGAGCAGAAGACAAUUAUUAAAAAAAUUAACUCCAGCAGUGUUUAGUAAAGUUGAAUUAAAACUAUCUUCUUCAUCUGUUAUGUAUCUUAUCGUGUGUGUAUGUGCUUGUGUGCUGAAUACUUUAAGCUAUUAAGUUUUAUUUAUUAAAGAAAUAUUUUUUAAUAAAA